AUGACAUCCAGCGGGGAUAUGUGGCGUGCCCAUCGUGCUCCGAAAGAAAACACGUGGGCUUCGCGUAAAACAGCUGGGGUGGAGUUUGUGCGGGAUGUCUCUCGCCAUAGCAGGUCCACGCUGUUUGAUACAAGACCACACAUCACCAAGGGUUUCCAUCUUCCGGAGCGUUGCUGUUCUCAGCGGAUGGAUUCAUCUAAAGUCACUUUACCAAACUUGUCCAUCACAAGUUUGUCCAAACUGGGAGAAAUGCGACUCAACCCUAUCACACUGUCGAAGUCAUUUUCUAAAAGAAGUAACUUUGACCGUAUGCUGAAGGGUAAGUCUCUGAUGUCCACAGCGCAAUAUUAUGAACUGAAGAGGCUGUACGAAGGAAGGCCGCUAACGCCUAAAAAACAAAAACCCUGCCGAUUGGGUACGUUACCGAAGGUACGGUCCAUCACGGGAAGCAUGGAGCAGACAGUGUGGUGCUUGCCGAGGCCGCUCACUCUUUUGCCACUGACAGGUGAGCGAAAUGCUGUUCGCAUACGAUCGAACAGGACGCGCGGAAUGCCAGAGCCAAGGCUAAAGGUCUGCCUAGCAAAGGUGGACGACAAGCUUUUGACAAUGUCCGCUGCAGAAAUCCCCUCACCUAACAGUUUAUUGGAGAUUGAAAAAACUAAAUCUGCGAGUGGAUAUUUACCCUCGUUCACUCAAGAACACAACAUUUCAAUGCAACAGGAAUGUCGCGAAGGAUUUGUCUGUCCAGGUGAAAUCCGGAAGUCACGCCCAAGGGAAAGUAGACGAAAGCCAUUGUCUAGCUUGGAAACUUUAGAUCUUUCCACAGAUAGAGACCAAUUCACGAUUUCUGAGACACAGGAAAGAAUUAACUUGAACUUACAACAGAAUGCUUCCUCCAGAAGUCGCCAAAGGAGCAAGACUACAUGUACAUCUUUGGGCCUGACCUGCAACCCCCAGGUUUUAAAAACUAGCCGCACUCAACCCAAAACCGUUAUCUCCAAGCCAGAUGUCUCCGUGAAGCUGAAUGUGAUAGGGAAUAGGCCACGGUCCCUUGUCCAGCUACGCGACAUGUCAAGGAAACUAACGGUCACUCCUCUGCAGCCGGACAUAGAUGAAGAAGUCCUGCUUGAGACUCAUACGUUGAGACAACUGAAGCAGGAGUCACAGCUAAAUGUCACCGGCAAGAAGAUGGAAAACAAAGCAAAUAUGCAGAUUGUGAAUUUUCUCAAUUACACUCGAGACUACCGUCUUGGACACGUUGUGCCACCAUCACCGAGUUGUUGUGGCCGGAUGGCGAACCACUGGACAGCCAAUGACUCGCAAACGAUGAACCUCAGAAAACUGAGAAAAGGAUCUUGUGCUUUAACGGAGGCGAUCUUGUCGCCAAUACAUCGGCAAGAGGACCUGAGCUUAAAACCUCAAAGGCCAUCGUCAUUAUCCCGAGCUAAGGCGGAUGAAGUAAUGACGCUGGACUACCUUGUCAGAGUGCGUUCCGGAAAGGCGUUGUGGCAGAGAGAGGAGUCUACCGUACAGCCAUGCUCCAGCAGUUCUUCCUCCAGCUUCUCUGGGGAUAGUGACCGCGAUGACGACGGGUCAUCCACCAACAAAAGCUCCCAUUCUAUCCGAAGUUCAUCUUCUGAGCAAAGUAUAUGCCAACCACAGGGCACCAAUCAGCGCAAAGCUGCCCCUGGUGCAGCCGAGCAGGAGGAUCCACCCAAAGCAGACGCAGGCAUAGCAAGCUGUUCCAAGCCGUCAGGUUUUCCUCCCAUAUACAAUAAGGCAACCAGCAGUCCUUACAGAUCAGGACAUUAUUUCGCAAACCCAAGAUUUAUACAUGCUUCUGGUCGUAUAUCACCCGUACCAGCCUCUUCUCGCCAUGCCAACAAACGCCCAACUAUGGUCGGGAGAACACUUACAGCAGAACAACCGGUCAUAUUUGCCAGCAGUGUUCGUCGCUUGGUAUCACAACCCACACCAUAUCGAAGCCCUUUGCCAUUCCCCAGCAAGUUUGAGACAUCUGCCCCCAAAUGGCGCCUUCCUAGUUUCUCUCACAACCCAUGGGGCAGCCUAAUAAUGACCAGCACACCACAGGAACAAGGGUCCUGUGACACGAGACAGUGCCCAGACAGGCUGAAAAAAGCCACCAGGAAGAAAAUCGCAAAGAAACCAAAAGUUUGGCGCCGGAAGAAACGUCGACAGAAAACCGAUUCUAAUUUACGUGCGAAUACAGACAUUUCAUCUCGUAUAGAUGAACCUCAACAUUCCAACUCUCUGUAUUUCACACCUAUGUAUGACUUGAGGUACGACAGGUGGAAAAGGCAGUGUCACCGACGAAAGAAAAAACCUGCCUGUAAUUUAACCAUCAAAGCCACUUCGAAACGUUCAGAUAUUUCUGGUCUGCACCUGAGAUCGGAGUCGGAGGAAAGCGAAGACAAGUCUGGCUAUGGAGAUGGGCGUCAGUAUCCUUCGCCGCAGAAAAACACUACUAGCACUCCAUUACACCACCCCACCCCUGUCAGUGCCCUGGGAAGGCCCUUGGAGACAGUUGCAUCACGGCACUCUUCUCAACAAUCAGGACCACUAUCCAUCCUGGGCGCCAUGUCCUAUACUGCCCCCACGCCGCCUGGCAGUAGCAAAGUUGUUGAUCUGCCGAUACUGACAGGAGAAGCAUGCCGACCUUGUCCUACUGUGGCAUCAACUGAGGAAUACAUCAAAACACCGACGGUCAAAGGUAAGAGGGAAACCCAUACAGAGUUGACAGCAGAGUUCAGCAAGUCAGGGGAGGAACUGAUUCUGUCUUCCAGUGAGCUGGUUGAACUGGAGUGCACUGGGCGCAUAUGCACCUGUGCUUCCGGUGCGGAGACUGUGGAGUACCCGACGGAUUCGGAGAGGAGACCAGAAUACUGGAACAUUGCCAGCAUCCUCAGGAACAGCAGGACAAAAAAGAAGCAGACGACAGCAGGUGACAUUCAUGACUGCAGUUCCCGGGACCCGAGCUCUCAGUCCCCUCUCCCUAGUACUGUAUGGGUGACGGACAGUCUGUCGGUUGCCCCCAUCAGCGCGCCUGUCUCCCUAGACACGGUGGCAUCACCUGGAAUGCGGUUACAAUCAGAUUAUUCAAGAAAAAUGGGAGACAAGCGGACUGACGUAGUGAACAACAGAACGCUGACAUUGCACAAAAUUCUUGGAUUUCUUCCAGACAGUUUGAUUCAGUCGGACUCACGGGAACAUUGUCACCACGAAAAUGGUAUUGGCACAUUGGGUGUAACUUCUUGCUCGUCAUGUAUCAGUAGAGUCUCCCAACAGGCCAGUGGUCAAACCUUCGCCAUGGAGCAUGCACCAGCGCCCGACACGGAUUAUCCUCCCAUUGGUCGAAACUUCUCACAGGUCUAAUAAUCAUGUCACUCAGCGUCUUCUUGGCUUCAAAUGUUGCAGUUUAUAGAUAAAUUCUGGAAGUUUUAUUUCUGACAAAAAUAACCCAUGUAUACUACCU